AUGCUGCCUCCUGCGGAGAGUGGAGAGCUCAGGGCAGGGGCAGGGGCGGGAUCCAGGGAGGAGCACAGAAGAGCCGCGAGAAGAGAGCCUGGGCUCCAGGGAAGGAUCUGGGUAGACAGUGAGAAUCCAGGGGAAAGGCCUGAGGUCCACAGGGAAAUUGGGGGAAGCAGACAGGAGCCUGGGGAGGCAGGGAAAGUGCAGGAGAAGGGCCUGAGACCCAGGGAGGGGAGUGUAGAGUCAGAGGGCGAGCUGAGGGUCCAGGGAAGGGCCUGGAGCGCGAGAGCGGGGCCUGGGCGCCCGCGCUGCGGCUGCCACCACCUCCCACAGCCUUCUCCAGCUCUCUUCAGACACGGUCGCCGCGCCUCCCGUCUGCCCAGCCGGGCCCGCCUCGCAACGGCCGUCACGGCCUUCCAUUGGCCAAGGUCGCCGCCACUCUUCAGUCGCUCUGAAGCUUGCGCCGCUCCCGUUGGCCGGACUCCGCUCUGCCCCUCCCUGCCCGCCCCACGGUCAGCGCCCCUAAAAAACUCCGCGUCGCCCUCGCUGCUGUUGAGAGCCGCCAACUGCACCCAGUGGCUGCCGCCGCUGUCCUUCCGGCGCUGCCAUGGAGACGUAUCCCCGCCCACGGCCCAAAGUCGACGCCCUCAUUGGCCGAAAGCGUCGUCGCUCCGGGAGAAACGCGGGUUUGGGUCGGGUUAUUUGGGUCCAAGUGGAAAGAGGGCGGGUACCGCCUGCUCCAGAGCCCGUAUGUGAUUGGUUGGCCUUGGAGCGACUCAUGCUUCCAUUGGCUAAGGUCUCCGCCUGUCACCAUAGAGUCGCGACCUCCCUGUUCUUUUUCUGUGGCGAAACCUUCGACCACCAGAGGGAGAAAGCAGGGGAGGACGGGAGGGGGGGUGAAUGCGCGCGCACCUCCUUCCCCCCGCCUGUCUGGGCCGGCGGUUGCCAAGGCGACAAAACUUUAUUGACAACCCUGCCCGGUGCAAAGGGCUUUUCGCUCUCUUCCUCACUCCUAGACCACCUUCUCUUCCCCUAAAUAACCUGUUUAAUUUUGAGUACCCACAAUACACUCUGUGGGUGAAAGGGUCAGAAAGAAGGAGAUUGAUAGGCGGGGGCUUUGAAGAAAGCCCUGACUCAUGGGAGCUCCCAUGGGGCACCCCCCACGCCCACAGUUGAGAUCACCCCUCUGCUCCAGUCCUAGAGGCAAACAUAAUUAGUAAUUCAUCAUAAUUACGCCCAGAAUAAUAAGCCCCACACUUGGAGCAGGCGGUCUUUGUUUUGUUGCCGGCUGUAUAUCCUGUGCUCUUGGAACAAUGCGUGGCACGGAAUAGGUGCUUCAUUAAUUUGUGCUGAAGGAAUGAAUGUAUGAAGCUGG